AUGUCGCACCAACCCAUGAGCAUGGAGGCCAUGCUCGACGAGGAGAGAAGAGAUGUUCUGGCCUUGCUCGAGGGUACCGCUGCCAGAUCCAACUGGAACACUGGCUCGCCCGUCUCUGCACGCUCGCCAUCGCCCUACACAACGCCUCGCUCGCCCGUACGAAGUAUGUUGGAUAUCGGCGCCGAUGGAGGUUCAAAGAGCCCGCGCCUCGGAAACGCCGUACCGGUGCGCAGCAUGUUGGAUAUCAGCGGUCCUCCGGCUCCCGUUCGGAGUAUGCUCGAUAUCAACACCUCGGCUCCAAAGCAAGCUGCCAGUGCCGGCCCCAGUUCUCCAGUCGAAUCUCGCGCGCCUCACCCGAGAACCUUUUCCGAUUCACACUCCCAAAAGCCCAGCUUUGGCCCGCGCGCCCCAAUCAAUCGAAUGGAUCCGACACUGGACUACCAAUUCUCUGAUAUCUCUACUAACAAUAUCGGAACUGCUAUGCCGAAGCGCAACACACAGGGAAAGGCGCUGGGUGUGAAGAAGCCGGGCGGCGGCGCCAUGGUCGAUGUCAUGCGCGGCAACGAGAUCCCCGGCAUCAUUCUUCCCGGCGACAGAGCCCGCCACGGCUCUAUUGCUAGCAAUCCCGUCAUGGGUGCGAGAAGCUCUAGCAGAGGUCAAGCCAGCAAAUCCAAGUCUCCUCAUGGCAGACUGAGCAUGCGCUCCCGCUCGCCCAAUGUCAGUGGCCGGCUCCAGCAGAUCCCUGGAACUGCCAUUCUUGAUGACGGUCGGGUGGUGGACAUUUCAACCGCCUACCGCAAGCUAUCGGACGCGAAUUUGGCAUUCUCAGGCGGAGGCCUCUCCGGACUGGCCGGACGCAAGAAGUCGAGCGCGGAUGAUGCCGGACUUGGACGUCUUACCAAGGACUAUCUCAGCCCUGAUGGAGAGGAGCUUGAAGACAGCAGCGACGAUGACGCGCACAGUGACCGCAAGACGCUCAGUCUACUUGCCGCGGCCGAGGAAGAGCGCCUGGCAGUCAGCUCUAAGCAACCUCAAUACAAAUACAAGUCAUUGUUAGACGAACCUUCCAUCACACUCACCAAGCCAGGCGGCGAGAAGUCAAAAUCCAAAGCAGGCAUUCGCCCGACCACGGCGUUCGACAACGAGCCAGGCUCGGGAAUGGCGUCUGCUGUGAACUCGGACGAUGAGGAGGAGCUCAACGACAUCAAGCGCGCACAGAGACUUGCCUUCUCACGGACAGAAACCCUCAACAACCCCGAGUUUUCACGAACUCUACGCAUCAUCAUGCGCGGCGAGUUUGAUCAAAUCCAGAAGUCGGCCGAAGAGGAACAUCAUAGGUUGAGAAAAUACCUGGUGGCCACCGAUCUCAGCGAGGAGUCGACACACGCCCUGGAAUGGACUAUCGGCACCGUUCUGCGAGACGGCGAUACUCUCAUCUGUAUCUACUGCGUCGAUGAAGAGACUGGUAUUUACUCGACCGAGGGAAUAAUGGUCCCCGACGAGCGUGCCGCGCAUCAGGAACAAGCAGCUGCUAUUAACGCCAUGUCCAGCGCCAAAUCACCGCCGCCAAACAUGACCAGCGCCCCGCCUUUCCCUCACCUUCCGCGAGCCUCGGCCUUGAACAAUAGCGACUCCUCUUCGCCGGCACCGUCCAGUAGGGAGCGCGGCCGCGCUGAGGAGGAACGUCGUCGUGCGGUUAACGAUAUCCAGGAAAGAGUCGAGCGGCUGUUGCGAAGGACUCGACUUCAAGUGCGAGUGAUUGUCGAGGUCAUUCACUGCAAGAAUCCAAAGCAUCUCAUUACCGAAGUGAUUGAUAUUGUCAGCCCUACGUUGGUAAUCCUGGGCAGCCGAGGCCGUAGCGCUCUCAAGGGUGUGAUUCUUGGCUCGUUCUCCAACUAUCUUGUCACUAAGAGCUCGGUGCCUGUCAUGGUGGCGCGAAAGCGCCUUCGCAAUAAGAGCAAGUACAAGAGAGGGCCUCUCAAGCAGGUCAAUGACCUGAACAACCCGGGAACCAAGAGCCUCGCCAACGCCAAGGUCGACUAG